CUAAUUAUUCAUUUUUCGAGAUUUUUGUCAGUCAAAGUACAAGGAAUUGUUUUUGCUCACGAAAGAAUCUUGAUGCAAUGUUGUGUCGCAUAAACAACUCUGAAGUGGUUUAAUUUGGCGGGGUGGUAACACAAACAUGUAAAUGAAAAACUUACGUAAACCAUCUGGAUAAACAACGUUUUGACAUCCAAGUGGUGGAAUUUAAAUAAGAUUUAAAUCCUUAACCCCUUUUAAAUUCUAUCGAUGGAUAAUCUAUUGAACCACCACACUUUACAAAUCACUGCCAACGUUGUCCUUAAUUUAACAUUUGGUGAAUAUGCCUUUACAUCGCUCAGCUUUCUUGGAUACAGUGAAUUAUGUGCAGAAAGAACUCCAUUCUUAGGUUCAAGAGAGUGUGAGGGCAAAUGAUUUUUGUGCAUACAUACUGAUUAUCACUGAGAUAACGUUACACGUCAGUAUUUCUACUUUGUUCUUAUAUGUCAGGGUAAGUCGAUAUCCCGGCUCAACAUUCUUUAUCUGACUGAAUUCAGAUAAGCGAUAACAUGCAUUUAAAGAAAAUAUUUUUAAUACGGAGGCUUGCUAUUUAUCCUAAUGAAAAUGGUCUCGUCUCAAUCGUCGAUUGAUAUUUCGCACGCGAUGAACAAUAAAAAAAAUUCACCGAGGUCAGUGUCUGCGACGUACGUCAACACUACAAAGCAAUAUAACGUAGUUACACCCCACGCACGUAAAUGUUUCUUCUCGUUUACAGGAUAUGUUAACGCCGAAUUCCUUGGCAAAAACACUGACUCAUCGUUACUUUGUAAAAGUGACAAGACCAUCAAGAAUGAACAUUGCCCGAAGACUAAAGACCAGAGUGAGUCAAACCCCCGCGACGGCAAUGAGGCUUUCAGCCAAUUUAAGCAGAAUGUUAACACCACAGAGCUCGAGGAAACCUUGAGGUUCUAUUCCAAGGAGCCUCAUCUAGCUGGCGGGGAUCGGCAACGACAACUUGCUUUUAAAUUGGCUGAGACAUGGCGAGGAUAUGUGUUUGACGAAGUUGAAAUCCCGGACUACAAAGUGUUACUGUCCUAUCCUGAGGAAAACAAUCCAAACACCAUCUCAGUUGUGUCUGAAAACGGGACAUUGGUCAAAAACUUCACAGAGCAGUUGAAGGUCUCACCUGGCCCUGGAAUCAAGGCCACAGACUGGUUUACUCCAUACACCGCAUAUUCUAACAAUGGGACUGCUGAAGGGAGACUUGUGUACGUCAAUCGGGGAACUGCAAAGGAUUUGCAAGAGUUGGAGAAACUCAAUAUAUCUCUCAAUGGCACCAUUCUGUUGACACGAGAUUUUUGGGGCUUCUUUACUUUGACCAGCUUAGCUAUCAGCAAAGGUGCUAAAGGGAUUCUAAUGUAUCCAGAUCCUAAUGUGUAUGCCCCAGAAGGAAUAGGAAAAAAUUCAACCUACCCCAACGCACCAUGGCUUUCGUCUGAAGCAGUACCCUUGGGUGGAGUUUAUGGUGAACUUGGCGACCCCUUGUCGAAGGGUCUCCCUUCCAAAGAGGGUAUCUUCCAGAAAUCAAAGAAGAACUGGCAGGUUGGAUUACCAUUACUUUUACAACCAAUAUCAUAUGGAACAGCACGGUCUCUAUUGGAAGAAGUUGGAGUGGACGAUAUACCCUCGGAGUGGCUUAAAAAUCUCGACCUCACGUUGCAACUCAACCUGCACGGCUCUUCGGGAAGGAACAGAACCGUAAAACUUACCAUCAACAACCAGCUGGUUCAAAAGACGAUUUAUAACGUGAUCGGCACCAUUAAUGGUUGGCAGGAACCGGAUCGGUACGUUUUCUUAGGAAACCACCGAGAUGCUUGGGUAUAUGGCGCUGCCGAUGCAACCACGGGGAUUGCAGUUCUGAAGGAAACAAGUAGAGUAUUGGGCAAACUUUUGAAACAAGGUUGGAGACCAAGGAGGACAAUAAAACUCUGCAGCUUCGGUGGAGAGGAAUUUGGCCUGAUCGGUUCUGUUGAAUGGAUGGAGGAAAACUCUUUGAUUUUUAAGGAGCGUGGUGUGGCCUACUUGAACACUGAUGUUCCAGUGCAGGGAAAUUAUGUUCUUUUAGCUCAAACUAGCCCUCUACUCAGCGACGUUAUAUACAAGUGGACAAAACUGGUUGAGGUGCCAUUUGAAAAUGGAAGCUAUGAAUCUAUAUAUGAUGUAAUGUUGAAGCGUGGACCAACGCCUUCAAACCCGCAUGAGCCAAAACUCUGGGCUUUCCAGUUUGCAAGCGACUACAUACCGUUCUUCUUUAUGGCUGGUAUACCAUCCGCAGAUUUUAGUUAUUUCUUUGGCUACGAUGAGCAAAAGGGCGGUUGGAAGCUUUAUCCAUCAUAUCAUACUCAGGAGGACAAUUUUUACUGGGUGAAGAAAUUUGCUGAUCCAGAGUUUGAGAUUCAUCGCGCCAUGACUCUGCUCAUGGGUGGCAUGCUACUGGAUUUGUCAGACUCCCAGAUCAUCCCUUUCAAUUUGUCUCGACUCAUGAACACAAUACAUCGAGCGUUUGAUAGCCUUACGGCCUUAAACUCGACAUUUAAGAGCGAAAAAGCUGUACGAGACGGCAUUUCGGCUGUAAGCAGAUCCAUAGCUAACUUCUCAAGAUCAUACAAUUCGUUUACGGACCUGGUCAGCAAAGUCAGUCGAGAAAAAAACGUGAAUCCCCUCAAAGUGCGAUUGCUGAACAACCAGUUGAGCCAAGUUGGAAAAUCAUUCAUAGAUUCUAGACACUCUACCCAUAACCCAAGUAUUUUCCAGAACGUUCUUUUCAAGGACUCAUUUUUAGGCGUUUUAGGAGCAUUUGUGGAGGCUAGAACCACUAAUGAUACUGCAAAGAUUCAGGAGCAACUGUCUAUCGUUUCCAUAGCCCUUUCGACAGCUGCUAAGAUCUUAGAACCUAUCAGACUUCCUAAAGACAAAUGAGAGGAUAGGAUUAAGAAACGAUUACCCUUCACUGACUUGCGUCACGUCUAUUCGAAAUUUCAGUGGGUUAUCAUUUACUUCAUCAUAAUUUGAUUUAUUUUUCCGAAAGCUUUGCUUAGUGAAAAGCAACACAUGUAAAAAACAUUGCCAACAAUAUCAAUACAGUGUUAGGUCACGGAGAUCAUUUUUGCGAAAAAAGUAAAUUUAGUCAUUUGCACAAACUGAUAGCAAUGUGAGUAUAUUAAAGUUAGCUACUUCAUCGUGGAAGCUACGUUCCCUUUCUUUGAAAAUCAGGAAUUUAUUGACUCUUUUGUACAUAGGCUAUCAUGAUAAACUUAGAGUUGAUAAUUAUGAGUAUAGGCGUACGUUUUAACUUGAAAAUUUUUAAGAACCAUUUGUGUGGAUGCAAUAUAUUCCAAGCUUGUGUUAUAAACUCUAGAUAACGCUUUUCUUUUGCUAAAUUCAGACGUAGUCGUUGAAAUUUAUCUGCCUCCAUAAUAGGUAGAUAAAGACUAGAUUAUAGUAUCAGUUUUCAUUAAAGCUGUUUUUUCAUGA